AUGGCGGUACCGCAGGCCAAAGAGCACGGAGGAGCAACCGGCUGCAAGGGAGGUCAUCGCGUCAAGGGUGGCGCUGGCGCGGCCGCCGUUGGGGUCCCCAAGCGCCUUUGCUCAUUUUGGGCUCGCAGGGGACCCAGUCCUCGGCCAUCCCCUAGCCAGGCCCCGAAAGCCCUCCCCAAGGUGCUGGGAAGCGCCCGGGAGGUCAUCGGGAGGCUCGAGGAGGCCGUUGCUGCGGAGCGGGCCGAGCUCGAAGGGGAGCGCGUCGCCCUAGGCGAUGAAAAGGGGCGGCUGGAGGAGGCUCGCAAAUUACUGGAGACCCACAGGGCCACGGCUCGCACGGCCUAUGAAAGGUCCAUGCAGGAGCUGGCCGUGGAGUGGGAGGCACUGGAGGAGGCCCGCGAAGAGGCCGUCGUCGCCCAGGAGGAGGUUGUCUCACGGGAGGAGGCGGUCGGCAAGAGGGAGGAAGCCGUGCGGUCUGCACAGGCGGACCUCUAUCGCCAAGCCGAUGAUCUCGAGCGCGGUCGCACCGACGUUCUCCGCCGGGAGGAGCAGGUCACACUGCGUGAGACGGAUGCUGAUUUGGCAUCGUCAGCGCUUGCCGCCGGGGAGGAGAACGUCGCCAACCAAGAGGUAGGCUUAAUCGCCCGAGAGCAGGCCAUCAAGGCCAGGGUCGAGCGAGUGGAGCAGGCCCGGAUCGAGGUGGCUGCCCAACUCCAGGAGGUAUGGGCCGCGAAGGACGUCCCUGCCAGCACCGCUGAUGGCAAAAGUCUUGAAGCUCGGCUAAAGAAAGCCGUGGAGGACCUUAAUGCCGUCCACGAAGAGCGAACGAAUGUCAAGGCAAUGAUGCAGGAUGCCCUUUGGCGGGCGCAAGACUCCGUGGAGGCGGCCUGGCUCGGGUUCGUAUUUGUGGGUGCCCAGGGGCUAGAAACGCUAGGCCAUCUUGCCCUUGGGUUCUCGAAGAUCGCCCGGCGCCUCGAGGCUCUCCCUACCGUUGUCCAGGAGUUGGCAACCUGGGAGGGGCGUGCGCUAGGCCAAGGUGUGGCCGAGAACGUUCUCGCCUGCUACUACAGCUGA